UUCUUCUUCUUCAGUUCAUAUGCUUUCUCUUCAUAUACUUAUCUUAUUUACCAUGCAGAGUUCACAUGCUUUGUUCUUCUUCCUCUCCUUCUUCUUCUCCUUCUUCAAUUCACAUGUUUUCUGUGUGCUAUUGUAGUUUCUUUAUCUCUUUCAUAUUUUUUUAUCUUUAUUGACCAUGCAGAGGAGAUGUUCAAGUCUUAUCUGGAUAGCUUAACCAGUUAACAAGCUCAAAAUGCUGACCCAAUCAAACGCUCAAGUAGUCACUCAACUAACUCAUUAAACCAACUCCUACUUCCAUUCCUCAAAUCCCUCUUGCUCUCUUCCAAGCAACUUAAUUUGAUCUUGGCUUUCAAGAGUUCCAUGCUUAGUUUCUAAGUUUAAAGAACACACCAUGGGUGCUCUUCACUUGCUAAGGAGAAUUUUCUCAAAGUGUCUUUCAGGGAUCUUCUGGUUGUUCAUGUCCUAAUCCAAUGGCACCAAUUGGAGUGACUAUGCACAUUCAAGAAAACUAUGUGAUCAUAGACAAUGGAAUUCUUCAACUUACACUGUCGAAACCUGGCGGCAUUGUCACUGGCGUAAAAUAUAAUGGCGUCGAUAACUUGAUGGAGAUCUUGAACAAUGAAUCUAACAGAGGGUAUUGGGAUAUUGUUUGGAAUGUCCCUCAAGGUUCAGGGAUUUUUGAUGUGAUUUUAGGUACAGAGUUUAACGUAAUUCUUGAAGAUGAAAACCAAGUUGAGGUUUCAUUCACAAGAAAAUGGGAUCCUUCACUUAAAGGAACUCUUGUUCCUUUGAACAUCGACAAAAGGUUCAUUGUUCUUAGAGGGAGUUCGGGAUUUUACACUUAUGGAAUCUUUGAACACUUGGAUGGUUGGCCUGAUUUUAACUUGGAUGAAGCCCGAAUUGCUUUCAAGCUUAGGAAAGACAAAUUUCAGUAUAUGGCAAUGGCUGAUAAUAGACAAAGGAUUAUGCCGUCUCCUGACGAUCGUUUACAGGGACGAUGCCAACCAUUAGCUUAUCCUGAAGCUGUCGUUUUAGUAAAUCCUACCAAUCCAGAACUCAAAGGAGAGGUUGACGACAAGUAUCAGUACUCUUGUGAUAACAAAGACAACAAAGUUCAUGGAUGGAUUUCUAUGGACCCUCCCAUCGGCUUCUGGCAGAUCACUCCGAGUAAUGAAUUUCGUACCGGGGGACCAACCAAGCAGAGUUUAACUUCUCAUGUCGGUCCGACCAUGCUUGCGAUCUUUGUCAGUGCGCAUUAUUCCGGAGAAGAUCUUGUGCCUAAAUUUAGAAACGGAGAACACUGGAAAAAAGUUUUCGGUCCUGUGUUUAUGUAUCUCAAUUCUUCAUUAUAUCCAGGUGAUUAUAAGCUUCUCUGGGAUGAUGCAAAUGUGCAGAUGCAAACCGAGGUGGAGAGUUGGCCUUACAGUUUUCCGAUUUCAGAUGAUUUUCAGAAAUCCGAACAAAGAGGUUGUGUUAGUGGCAGACUUCUUGUUCGAGAUAGAUAUAUAAACCAUGAAGAUAUCUGCGCAAGCUCUGCAUACAUCGGCCUAGCUUUACCAGGAGAAGCUGGUUCAUGGCAAAGAGAAAGCAAGGGAUACCAAUUUUGGACUAAGACCGACGAAAAAGGGUGUUUCUUCAUUUCUAAUGCUCGAACAGGAGAUUAUAAUCUUUACGCAUGGUGUCCUGGAUUCAUCGGUGAUUAUAUGUUCGAUGUUACACUAACAAUCACUCCCGGAAAUGUAAUUGAUUUGGGAGAGCUUGUGUAUGAACCUCCAAGAGAUGGUCCUACAUUGUGGGAGAUAGGAAUACCUAAUAGAUCUGCUAAAGAGUUCUAUGUGCCUGAUCCUAAUCCUCUCUACAUCAACAAACUUUAUGUUAAUCAUCCUGACAAAUUCAGACAAUAUGGUCUAUGGGAAAGAUAUGCAGAAUUAUAUCCCGAUAACAAUCUUAUUUACACCGUCGGAGUUAGUGACUACACAAAGGAUUGGUUCUUUGCACAAGUGACAAAAAAAGGCGAAGGAAAUGCUUUUCUACAAACAACAUGGCAAAUAAAAUUCAAACUCGAUGAAGUGAACAAAAAUGGAAUUUACAAACUACGAGUGGCGAUCGCAAUGUCUGCAGUGGCUGAACUGCAAGUUCGAUUUAAUGAAUUGAAGACGGUGAGCCAGCCACGCUUUUCGACGGGAUUGAUCGGCAAAGAUAACGCAAUUGCAAGGCAUGGAAUUCAUGGAUUAUACUGGUUGUUCAACAUUGAUGUUAAGAGUGAUUGGCUUGUGGAGGGAGAUAACAUUAUACAUUUUACUCAACCAAGAUGCACUAGUCCUUUUCAAGGUAUAAUGUAUGACUAUAUUAGGAUGGAAGGACCUCCAAAGGAAGAUGUUUGAUGUUGUGCUUAUAAAGUACAGUGACAUUUAGUAUGUUGAGCAUUUAAGGACACAUUAAUAAAGUUGCUAACUAUUAUUUACAUAUAUUGUCCAUAAUAUAUAUAUACAC